AUGGCCAAGCGAACCAAGAAGGUCGGAGUUACCGGCAAGUACGGCACAAGAUACGGUGCUUCCCUCCGUAAGUCCGUCAAGAAGAUGGAAAUCACCCAGCACGCCCGAUACGUCUGCACCUUCUGUGGAAAGACCACCGUCAAGCGUCACUCUGUCGGUAUCUGGGACUGCAAGUCUUGCAAGCGCACCGUCGCCGGUGGUGCUUACACUGUCGCCACACCCGCUGCCGCCGCCAUGCGAUCAACGCUCCGACGUCUGCGCGAGAUCGCUGAGGUGUAA